GAGCCCUGCUGAUCCCGGAUCAGUCCUGCCAUGGCUCCCAGCGUUUAUCUAACGGAGACCAGAAAGGGUUAAAGCCGCCAGUUCACCGACUCGGCGUGUUUAAUGAGUGACAUGUGUUUCCACGCCCCACGGCCGCCCACGGGUGACAGCGCAGCGUCGGUGCGCGUGCCGUGCGGUGACCAGCCGGCUCCUUCCCGCGGCGGCAUGGACAGCGAAGAGGAAAGUGUGGAGGAGGUUGUGGAAGGCCCGUUGGAUGACGAUGGCCAGCCCCAUGGUUUCUGCACAGUGACCUACUCCUCCAGUGAUCACUUUGAAGGACACUUCACCCAUGGAGAGAAGAAUGGCAAGGGGAAGUUCUUCUUCUUUGAUGGAAGCACCUUGGAAGGUUUCUACGUUGACGACGCUCUCCAGGGCCAGGGGGUGUACACGCAUGAAGACGGAGGCGUCCUCCACGGGACGUACGUGGACGGUGAGCUCAACGGGCCGGCUCAGGAGAUGGAUGCAGAGGGCCGCCUGGUCUUCAAGGGCCAGUACAAGGACAACAUCCGCUCUGGGCAGUGCUGGACCUACUACCCUGACGGGGGCUGCGUGUUCGGGCAGGUCAACGAGGACGGGGAGAUGACGGGGAGCGCCAUCGCCUACAUUUACCCAGAUGGCUGCACAGCUCUCUAUGGAAGCUUUGUGGACGGGGAGAUAAUCGAGGCUCGCCUCGCCACCCUGAUCUCCAACCAGACUGAAAGGCCACGCUUCCAAAUCGCACCAAACAGUCCCGUCUACUCCUACGACAAGUCCACAUCCACCUGUAUCGCCACCCAUGCUCUGUUACCGGACCCGUAUGAGAGCCAGCGGGUGUUCGUGGCAGACUCUCUGAUUAAAGGAGCAGGUCAGGGCCUGUUUGCCAAGGCCGACGCUGAGCCUGGUACUGUCAUGGCUUUCUAUAAUGGAGUUCGGAUCACACAUUCUGAGGUGGACAGCCGGGACUGGGCCCUGAAUGGAAACACCAUCUCACUUGAUGACGACAUUGUGAUCGACGUGCCACAGCCGUUCGACCAGAUGGAGAGAUACUGCGCCACUCUGGGUCACAAGGCCAACCACUCCUUCAGCCCCAACUGCCAGUAUGAGCCGUAUCUCCACCCUCGCUUUGGACCGAUCAAGUGCAUCCGAACACUGAGGGCUGUGCAGAAAGACGAAGAGCUCACGGUUGCCUACGGUUACGAUCACGAGCCGACGGGGAAAAACGGACCGGAGGCUCCUGACUGGUACAAACAAGAGCUCAAGGUUUUCCAGCAAAAACAGUCAGCUCCUGCUGGCCCAUGAAAACACAGAGAGAGAGCCCUGGACCCCCCCCUACCCGUGCUGCCACUUCAUGAAACCCCUGGAACUCUGUAGCUCUGGACAUCUGCUAACCUUUCAGGCUGCUUUAGCCGAGCAACACAAGAACUAUGCAAGGAACCAAGUGAUCUUAGAGGACAACUGGGAAGUGCUGCUCGAUCUCAUGUGUUAAGAUUUACAUGUUCAGUCCUGGUGCUUCCAGACAUGGAACCCGGCUGUUUUCAUUAGGUCAGUUUACAUGACGGGUCUCACCGUUCAGGACAAGAACCACGGCACUUCUUGCUCUGUUGACCUGAUGCUGCAGCUGAACCGGACUCCUGCCCAAAGUUACAUUGCCUUAACAAGUCUGUUUACUUGACAUAAAAAAGUAUGUUGUAUUUAUUAGAAGUUACAUGAAUUACAUUUGUGAAGGUACGCUCUUUAGAACAUGAAUGGAAUUUCUGCUACGUGAAAGAUCUGCGCGAUCUCUUUCUGAGGUAAAAGAUCUGUACACCCCAAACAACAAUCCCCCAAAAUAAACUAAACCAAACC